UCGAAGCAAAAACAUUCACAAACAAAUCUAAUGGUGAAACAUUCACAAAAGGCACUUAUAAUGGUAUUGAAGUCUUACGUAGAGACAAGGAUGGUUACAUUAAUGCAACAAAGAUGGCAAGAGAAACGGGAGGGUUAA